CCUCUCCUCCAGCAGCAGGACGUCCAGCUCCUGUUGUGUUCGCUGCACCUCAGAGGCCUUCGGGACGCGUGCGGGACUUUUACCUCCUGAGGGGGACUUUCGCAGCAUGGAGGCCCCCACUGCGGAAUACGCGGACAACUACGAGUACUACGACGACAACGAGACGGUGUGCGAUUUCUCCGAAUGGGAGCCCUCCUACUCCCUCAUCCCGGUCCUCUACAUGCUCAUCUUCAUCCUGGGUCUGUCCGGGAACGGCGUGGUCAUCUUCACCGUCUGGAGGUCCAAAUGCAAACGUCGGGCGGCGGACGUCUACAUCGGAAACCUGGCCCUGGCCGACCUCACCUUUGUGGCGACCCUUCCCCUGUGGGCCGUGUACACGGCGCUGGGCUACCACUGGCCCUUCGGCGUGGCCCUGUGCAAGAUCAGCAGCUACGUGGUCCUGGUCAACAUGUACGCCAGCGUCUUCUGCCUCACCUGCCUCAGCUUCGACCGCUACCUGGCCAUCGUGCACUCUCUGUCCAGCAGCAGGCUGAGGUCCAGGGGGACCAUGCUAGCGUCGCUGGGCGCCAUAUGGCUGCUGUCCGGGAUGCUGGCCGUGCCCACGCUGCUUUUCCGCACCACGGUGAGCGACCAGAACAACAACCGGACCACCUGCGCCAUGGACUUCAGCUUGGUGACCAUCAACCAGAGGCACGACUACCUCUGGAUCGCGGGGCUCAGUCUGUCCUCUUCGGCUUUGGGCUUUCUUCUGCCCUUCCUGGCCAUGACCAUCUUCUACUGCUUCAUCGGCUGCACCGUCACACGCCACUUCAACAACCUGCGCAAGGAGGACCAGAAGAAGAAAAGGCUGCUGAAGAUCAUCACCACACUGGUGGUGGUCUUCGCCCUCUGCUGGACGCCCUUCCACGUCCUGAAGAGCAUGGACGCCCUCUCCUACCUGAACCUGGCGCCCAACUCCUGCGGCUUCCUGCGCUUCCUGCUGCUGGCCCACCCGUACGCCACCUGCCUGGCCUACGUCAACAGCUGCCUCAAUCCCUUCCUCUACGCCUUCUUUGACCUGCGGUUCCGCUCGCAGUGCCUGUGCCUGCUCAACCUGAAGAAGGCCAUGCACGGCCACAUGAGCUCCAUGUCGUCCACGCUGAGCGCCCAGACUCAGAAGUCAGAGAUUCAGUCCCUGGCUACCAAGGUCUAGAGACGGAGGACAGGGUGCUUAAGGGGGACUGGAACACUUGUAGCAAAAUAAUACAGACUCUACGUGUCCAUGAGAUAAGACCAUGAACUUUGACCUGCUCCGACUUGGAAGGCCGGAGCCAGCUGGCUGAGCUCCUUCGCUGCUUUCCUCCUUCUUCUUCUCGAAUUGGAAGAGGACAUGAGUUUGAUGUUUGAAAAAAAAAAAAAGAUGACACUGGUUGAAACUUGUACAGUAUUUUCAUACCUUAGCAUUUCUCCAGACGUUUGUUUCAGACGCACUUGCUCCCGAUUGAAAGUCGUUAAAAAGAGGCAAGAGGAGCAAAGGCGUUGAAGCUUAAUGAUACGGUUUUUGUAAAAAAAAAAAAAAAAAGGGGGAUGGAGGCAGAUGGCAGAUGACAAAUGUUGCUGGAGUUGGGGGGUGGGCUUCUUAAUGGAGAGCAUCAUCAUAAUUGUUGAAUUUGUACAUAUUUUAUUUUGGACAUCACUGUAACUAACUACUGUAUUAA